AUGUGCCAGACCCUGUGCGCAUGCGCGGAGCAUCCUUCUCUCAUCCAGGACGAGGAGCGUACACGUUUCUCUAAGCAGUGCAUACGGGGUUUGUCAAACAUGGAUAUUGUAACACAUUGGAUCAAUGACACCAUCGAGUUCUACAAAUGGACACUGACCAUUGCAGACAAGCGUGUGGAGAAAUGGCCUUUGAUGGACAACCCCCUGCCCACUCUGGCCAUCAGCACCUCCUACCUGCUGUGCCUGUGGCUUGGGCCCAAAUACAUGAAAAACAGAGAAGCUUUCCAACUCCGCAAAACUCUAAUCAUUUACAAUUUCAGUAUGGUCUUCCUCAACUUUUUCAUCUUCAAAGAGUUGUUUAUGGCAGCACGGUCAGCAGGUUACAGUUAUAUCUGUCAAUCAGUCAAUUACUCCGAUGAUCCCAAUGAAGUCAGGGUGGCAGCAGCUCUGUGGUGGUACUUUGUCUCAAAAGGCGUUGAAUACCUGGACACAGUAUUUUUCAUUCUGAGAAAAAAGUUCAACCAGGUGACUUUCCUGCAUGUGUAUCACCACUGCACCAUGUUCACGCUGUGGUGGAUCGGCAUCAAAUGGGUGGCAGGAGGACAGUCAUUUUUUGGCGCACACAUGAAUGCAGCAAUCCAUGUUUUGAUGUACCUGUAUUAUGGGCUGGCCUCUUGCGGACCCAAGAUCCAGAAGUAUCUUUGGUGGAAGAAGUAUUUGACCAUUAUUCAGAUGAUUCAAUUCCACGUAACGAUCGGACACACCGCGCUUUCGCUCUACGUCAACUGCGACUUCCCCCACUGGAUGCACUACUCCCUCAUCUGCUAUGCCAUCACCUUCAUAAUUCUGUUCGGCAACUUCUACUACCAGACCUAUCGCCGGCAGCAGCCAAAACGUGAAGCCAUCUCCUCCAAAUCCAAGUCCCUCUCCAACGGGGCUCUCAAUGGACUGAACAAGGCCACAAACGGAGCCACAUCGUCCGGGAACAGGGAGGAAAAGAACCAGGAGAACUCUGGACGAAGGAAGAGGAAAGGACGGGCAAAGAGAGAUUAG